CUCAGACCUUCCCCUGUGGUUGUCCCCCUUCUUCCCCCUCAGCUGCUGCACGCCUCCUCCCAGGCGCGGGCAGAGAACGGCAACGCCUCCCUGUCGGCACCUCCCCCUUAAGCUGCCCGAAGCCCGCCUGCGCCCGCCUGCGCCCGCCUCCCCAGCGGCGCGCGAUGCCCAGCGCCCCGAGGUGCGGGCCGGUGUUCUCCUAGGUCGAGGUGCGGCCCGCUAGCGAGACCGAGCCCCACUGUAUUUUCUUUUAUUUCAUUUCACUCAAGGUUUUGCACAGACUGAAGUUUUGUGGGUUAGGUUAAACUCGGGACCUCCUCAAAAAGGACCCUUUUUUUUUUUCUUUCAAAAUGGCAGCCUCCAGCCGCGCACAAGUGUUAGAUCUGUACCGGGCGAUGCUGAGAGAAAGCAAGCAUUUCAGCGCCUACAAUUACAGAACUUAUGCUGUCAGGAGAAUAAGAGAUGCCUUCAGAGAAAAUAAGAAUGUAAAGGAUCCUGUAGAAAUUCAAACCUUAGUGAAUAAAGCCAAAAGAGACCUUGAGAUAAUUCGUCGACAGAAAUUCAGUUGCUGUCUCAAAAGCAUAGACCUCCAUACUGCUAAGUCAGUCAAUCUUUUUUAUAUCCUUAUUCUUUAUGUAUCUAAUAGUUUAUUCCUUGAAACUUCUCUUUCAUGCAAAUUGGUGGCUUCAGUAUAGUAGAUAUUUGCACUUGAGUGUUUUAUCAGGACUUGAAACUGUCAUGACCAAAACUUAAUGACUUAUCUUACCUUCCCCUUAAACUAAUUUUCCUUUGCAAAUUCCCAGUACUUCCAUUGUCUUGGUAACCCAGGCUCAAAUCCUUCCUCUUCUCUAUACACAGAGAAUGGAGCCCAUGAGUGCUCAUGUCAUUCAUUUAAAAUAAAUCUGAGACUCUCUUCAGGUCCUCUAAAAUAGGGUACCUGGAAUAUUAGAGUAUGUUCUGAGAUACUACCCUAAAAGCUACCUUUUUCUUUAGCUUCUGGCUUGGUGUAUGCUAACCAUUUAUAUAAUCUGGUCUAACCCACUCAGGCACUUGGCCCACCCUUUAGUUAAAUCAACGUGUCGCAUUCUUUGAAUACUUUCCUUACCUAGCUUAUCAUGAAUCACAAAUAAACAUUGUGGUUUUUUUCUGUAGGACUUUACUUGAGGUUCUGUUAGGUAUUCCUGUUGACUAGAUGCUCAUCUGUUUGAAAAAUCCCACCUUUAAUGUGAAAGCACCCCUUGUUUCCUUGCAGCCUAAUUUCCCUUGGCAUUUAUAGUGGUUGGAUAUGUAUUGAUGGGCAUUACUCUCUAACUGCUGUGUCAAAGCACUUUGGGAAGCUCAUCAAUCUUGUGCUUUUUUUAAUUGGCAUCAAUAAUGUGUUUGCAUUUAUCAAUAUUUCCUAAUUGCCAAGUUAUAACAGUAGAACUUCUGCAAUAAAUCAUGCCCACAGAUAUCUUCAGACAUUAAGAUUUAAAGUUUCUGUCAAUAUUUUGAUGUAUUAUAAAUUGUUUUUAUGAGGAUUUUUUUCCUAUGAGAAAGGAAGAACUGUGUAGCAGGAGACAGAAUUGAGUCAGUGUCACCAUAUAAAAUUAAGUUAAAGGGCCAAAUCAUUCCAGUGAAAAGAGAAGAAAGCUGUUUCCCAAGCCAGUACAAUACAUUCCCAUAAAGUUCAGCAUUAUUGUCCAAAUGAAUGUUAAUGCGUCUCCCUGCAAGUGAUGUGCUGUGCCAAUCCUCUUCCUGGGAGAGGAAUUUGAACAUAAGGACAGUUAGCACUCAUGCAAAGAAGAAACUCUUUGUCAACUCAUUUUUCAGUAGCAGAAACUGAGGCUUCGUGAGCUAAGGUUAUUUGCUGAGAGUCAAAUAGUGGCUUUGCAAGGCCAGGACUCAAACCCAGGGCUCUCAGGGUCCACAGGUGGACUUUUUACCUUUCAGGGACAAACUUGACCAAACCCAAAGGAGAGGGAGACCCACAGGUUGUCAAAGAACUGAAUCCACAUCAUCUCUUAGGCAAUUGAAGACACUAGAAUGUUUGGCUCAGAAAAAAAUGAGUGAAAAGCUCAGGUGCUCUGUCCUGCUGUGCCUGAAGAUCCUUCCCAAGGAGAUGAGACACUGUCUUCUGUGCACGCAGACAGCAGAAGUGGGGCCAGCCCUCUGACCUGGUGAGAGGCAAUGUUGUGGGGCAGUUACAGAUGUGGACCCAGGAGUCACAUGGGCCCCAGCAAAUCCCAGCUCAGCCACUCACCCAGCCCCUGUCCUUGGACAAGUCAGUUGACCACUUUGUGUCCCACUUUCCUCAGCUAAGAUAGGACUUCUGACAGUACUUACUUUUUAAGGUUGUCAUGAGGACUCAGUAAGUGAAUAUGUGGAAAGUGCUUUUGAUGGUGCUUGGCUCAUAGUAAGUGUGGUAUGUGCCACUGUUAGUGUUUUUACAUUAUAAAGCCAGAACUAGAUGGGAGGAAGAGUUCUCUAAAAAAACCCUCACCAUUUAUAGAUUCUGCAAAUCUUUAUGUUCUAGACACUGUUCUAGACACUGGGACACAGCAAUAGAUAAGACAGAUUUAGUCCCUGCCCCUGUCCUCCUACUGCUUACAAUCUGUAUUAGGGAGAAAGGGAAUUAUUAUGUGAAUCAAUAAAGCAGCCAUUCAGCACUGGAAUGAACCAUCUCUGGCAUUGUGACACCAGCCCUUUCACUGUUAUCCCUAAAGAUAUCCAGGCUCAGGCUGCCUGAGGUCAUUUUGAGAGGCGCUUGCCACUGUUGGAUUUUAUUAACAUCUCUCUGCAAAGUAAGGUUAAUUUAAUGCAACCAGUGAUUAAAACAUCAAUUCAGACAUUGCUUUACUUUAAAACUGUCAUCCUCUGGAUCGUCAAGGUGAGGUGAGGGGAUUAUGCAGGACAAUCCUGUGAGGUACAAGAAGAAAAUAUAGGACUUCUCAUAAUUUUUAUCAUUUUUUAAAUGUAUAUUCUUGUAUAUAUUUUAUAAUGUGCAUAAUUUCAUAGCACAGGAGCACAUGUAGAUAACUUCCAAGUAAAUAUAAAUACAAUGUAAACACACAUUAAAGUUGCAUGGGUAAACAUGUAUUUUCCUUAUUUCUGAUGUGGUCAUUUACGGAUAAUUUUCAACUAUAAAGAUAGUAGCUUUCUACAUGAAUGGAAAAUUAAGACAUACUUUCACCUCUACUGAAGAGUUUAAAAAAAACAAUCAUGAUAAUACUUGAUGCUUUUAUAGGAGUUAAUGGUUUCAUUGCUUUUAAUCCUUUGAGGAUUAGGAUAGGACCUAUCCAUGAAAUAGGUCUUACACCCACUUUGCAGAUGAGGGAACAGAGCAUUUUAGAGGUUAUACCCAGAACUCUUGGCACCUCAUCAUUUUGCCAGGGAAGAGAAAUUUUAAAAUUAAGGACUAUAAAGCUGAUGCUCAUUAUUAGCAGUAUACCAGGGGAGUACCUGUUAGCAUGGGUCAAGAUGAAACUGUCCAGUGUCCCGUGUUGCUAGAAGGACUGUGGCUAUUUUUUACUGCUGCCAUCUUCUGCUCUUACCCAAAAGGCAAAACCCUAUCAAAUACGUAUCCUUCCACAAGAUUUAUUAGGAAUGUGCAAUGAAAAGGUCUUCAAGGAGCUUUCAGUGUACAAGAGGAGGUAACAUUUAUUUCCUAAUCCCCAAAUUGGUAGCUUGAAGUUGACUGUUAUUUAAAGGCAAAUGUCAGUUUGGGAGAUAGUCUCUGUGUUUUCUCCUUCCUCAUCCCCGUGUAUCAGCAAUCGGGAUCCGUAGUUGUAGUCAACAGAAAACAACUCUGGCUAAUUUCAGCACAAAGUAGAUAGUUAAAUAUGUGUUGAAUUAAUGAACAGUGAAUUUGUCUGUGUUCCAUCCAUUCAUGGAUACGGUUCUUAGGGGAAAGGGAACAGAGAGAGUUUAGAAGCUUGAAAAGGAAAGUUGGGAAGUAUGUUCUAAAUACGUAGAAACUAGUUUUCUGCCAACUAUGGGUUGAUAAAGAUUUAUGUAGAUCUGUUGGCUUUCAUCUAGUAAAAUUAUUGUAUAGCAUGAAAAACAGUGAAUUGGAGUUCAGAGACCUAUAUUUUCCACUACUGAGCUGUGUGAUCUUGAAUAGGUUAUAUAACUUCUAGAUCUUGGUACUUUCUACUCUGAAAUGGAUGACUGAAUGAUUUAGCCUGAGUCUUCUUGUGAACAUUCUCUGCUGAUAAAAAUGUUGUAUGUCUGUUCUGCCUAACACAGUAGCCACUACCCACACGUAGCUAUUGAUUCAGCACUUGAAAUGUGGCUAUUGUGACUAAGUAACUGAAGUUUCACUUUUAACUCAUUUAAAUUUAAAUUUAAAUUGCUGCUUGUAGCAAGUGGCUACCAUAUUGGACAGCACAGUUCUAGAGCAUUCUAUGAUUUUCUGGAUUCUGUAGGUUUAUUUAUGAGGUAUAGGCUUGGAAGGUAGAAAAGAUAAAAGUCAGAACUUCACAUUGGUAAAGAAUUGCACUCAUGUUUUUUUUAACUUUUUUUUUUUUUUUUACUUAUUUUGAGAGAAAACACAUGCACACAGGGGAGGGGCAGAGAGAGAGAGAGAAAAAAAAAAUCCCAAACAGACUUCCUGUUGUCAGCACAGAGCCCUAUGCGGGGCUCAAUCCCAGGAACCAUGAAAUCAUGACCUGAGCCAAGAUUAGGAGUCUGACACUUAACCAACUAAACCACCUAGGUGCCCCAUGUUCGUAUUUUAAUACCUAAUUAUUUGUUGGGAGAGAAGAACAUACUCUAGAAAUUCACAUAGAAUAGUGUAAAAAGCACAAGAUUUGGAGUUAAGGGAUUUGAAUUUGAACUCUGGCAUCACUAAUCAUGAACUUACCAGCCCUAUCUACCAUACAAAGUUUAUCAUCAAAUGAGAUGAUAAAUGUGAAAACACUUUGUGAAUAUAAGAUUACUUUAUGAAUGUUAGUUAUCCCAUUAUUACAUAGAAUCAGUGAUCCUACUAAAUUACAGAUAUCUCAUAUCUUAGGGUUUUUUUUGUGUUCAUUGGUUUUUGGUAAAGAUCAAGGGUAUGAGUGAAAACCACAUCUAGUGCUUACUUCGCAACUUCUUAUUGAUCUGUUUAUAUUUUAUUUCUUUUUCUUGUCUUAUACCAUUAACUAUGACUUCCAGUAUGAUGGUGAAAAGAGUGGUGAGGGGGGCAUCUUUGCCUUGUUCCUGAUCUCACUGGGAAAGCUUCUAGUUUUUUACUGUUAAGUAUGAUGUUAGCGCUGGAUUUCUUGUAGAUAUUCUUUAUCAAGUUGAGGAAGUUCCCCUCUAUUCCUACUUUACUGACAGUUUUUAUCUUAUUUCAUAACUUUAGAUUUAUUAUCUUAGCCCUUGUAACUAGUUUGUUUGUUUGUUGUUUCCUUCCUUAGAAGCAUUCCUUUGGAUCUGAUUUAUUACCCCUAAGUGACAGAACUACUACUUUUCAGGCCCUGAAGAUAGGGUUUUGUGAUGGUUAAUUUGGCUGGGCCAAGGUGCCCAGAUAUUUGGUCAAACAUUAUUCUAGGCAUUUCUGUAAAGAUAUUUUUUGGACAAGAUUAACAUUUAAGUGGGUGGACUUUGAGUAAAGCAGAUUACUGUCUAUGAUUUGAGUGGCCCUCAUCCAGUCACUCAAAGGUCUGAGUAGAACAAAAAGCUGAUACCUCCCCACACCGUACCCUAACUGAGCAAGAAGGAGUUCUGCUAGCAGAUGGCCUUUGGACUCCAAUUGCAACUCUUCUCUGUGAGUCUCCAGUCUGGUGGACUGCCCCCUACUUGCUAAGCCUCCACAAUCAGGUGAGCCAGUUCCUUAAAAUAAAUCCAUCUAUCUCUCUCUGUCUCUGUCUCUCUCUCUUUUUCUCUCUCCCUCCUCCCCCACCUCCCUCCCUCCCCGCUAUGGAUAUACAUGUACUAUAUACACAUAGACAUACACAUAGACAUAGACACACUCUGUUGGUUUUCAUGCCCUGCCUAACAUACUUUUAAACUAUUAGAUCAUUUUUCUGUUAAAGCCCCUGAAAUCAAACCUAAGCCAUUAAUUUCAAUUAUUGUUUUUGUUUAGAUAUAAUUUGCAGGUACCUCAAUGCUGUGUGUCCAUUUUCCUAGUUUCCUUACUCUUGUCAAACAAACCAUAUAUGCAGACUUUGAUUAGUAGGCUCCUUUUAAGGGACCUAUAAUCCUAUUUGACUUUCUAAGGACCUUUACCAAUUGACUCCCAGUUUCAGCCUAGGGAGGUUGUCAGGUCUCAGGUCUUCUUUCCUUGUCUGCUUCUGUCUGUGUCAGCCAUACACAGAGGUCUCUUGUUAGUUAGAUUGUUAGAUAAUUAGAGAACAACUUCAAUUUGCCAUUUUUAACACAUCUGACUAGCUGGGAAACUCUAUUUCCCCCUCCACAGUUUCUCUUCUCUAAGAUUCCCUGCUGCCUCUUUUUCAAAGACCAAAACGGGAAGAACAGAGAUGCUACAUACAGAAUCUGUCCACUAACAUUAUCUUAUCUCUUUCUGGCCAUUUUUCUCUACUCUCUCUGUAAAAAUUACCUGCUUUAGAAAGAGUCCAAGAGCCCUGCCCUUCCAUCACAUGUUUCUUCACUUGGAGCAGCUAAUGACCUACAACUUCAUAGUCUUCACAAAUACUGCUUUUAAUAAAGCUAUCAAGACAUUCCUUAAAUGUAUUUUUAUGGGGAAAUAAUCACAUGUAGUAUAUGGAGAUGCUGAAAUAGAGCUUAUUGCUCAACAGGAGAAGGUGUACUGUCACUCCAGGUUCUUCUAUAAUACCAGCCCUUUCAUUUUCUUGAUCAAGGAUCUUGCAUGUUAGAUUUUUGCCUAUAGGACUCUAUGCUUUUUAUUAUUAUAUCUACCAAACUACAAAUGAGGAUUAAGCUUUUAUGCCCAAACACACUUUGGAUACAUUAUGAGUAUACCUUAUUGUAAGUAUAGCUUGUUGUGGGUUUGAUGUCUUUUAACUCCACACCAAUUGAGAAGAGUUGAUGUGAUCACAGAACAGAGGAGCAGUGCCCUUUCCACAGAAGCACAUUCCCACUCAAGCCAGGACAAGCCCCUCACAAGCAGUGUGCUUUUCUCUAACAAGAGGAAACUGUGAAGCGCAGAGGUCUAAUCGUCCCAACAGUAUAAUAAUUAUUAGGACCUCAAAACUUUUUUUUUAACGUUUGCCUUAACUUUUUUUCUAAUAGAUCCUCCCUACAUGUCAUAUUUGGGAGAGUGUGAGGAGGAGUAUUUUUUCAGAACAUCUAGGAUACAUUCAGGGAGGUGAGGACAAAGUGUGCUUAGUCUGUACUUUUCUAAUCCUGCUCACCUGGUGGGGAUGUCAUUGUAUGACAGGGCCAGACACUGCUCUUGGGUCCCUCCUUCCUUGGUCACAGCAGUUCUCUCCACCCAACCCCCACCACCACACCCCCCACCCCUCAUCAUCUUCAUUCAGAAGUGACACACGCUAAAAGUCAUUCACAAGGUCCUAUGGGGAGUAUACUACUCAGCAAGGAAAUGGACUGUGUCUCUGAAGAAGUGGGUUAUAGACUCAUUCAUUGCCUUUUAUAAAUCUCAGGCUUUCAUUAGCUCUGCAUUUUGUUUUUGUUUUUUUUUUUUCAUUUUUCUACAUUUUAUUUUAUUUUUUUUUCAAUAUAUGAAAUUUAUUGUCAAAUUGGUUUCCAUACAACACCCAGUGCUCAUCCCAAAAGGUGCCCUCCUCAAUACCCAUCACCCACCCUCCCCUCCCUCCCACCCCCCAUCAACCCUCAGUUUGUUCUCAGUUUUUAACAGUCUCCUAUGCUUUGGCUCUCUCCCACUCUAACCUCUUUUUUUUUUUUUUCCUUCCCCUCCCCCAUGGGUUUCUGUUAAGUUUCUCAGGAUCCACAUAAGAGUGAAACCAUAUGGUAUCUGUGUUUCUCUGUAUGGCUUAUUUCACUUUAGCUCUGCAUUUUGACUGGAAGUUAUUUCUUAGCUUAUUAAUGGGGGGUGAGCAUCAGUAUUUUGUUGUAAGUUAAAUUCUCAUCUUCAUUUUAUUUUUUUUUUAAUGUUCAUUUAUUUUUGAAGGAGAGAGAGACCAAGUGCAAGCUGGAGAGGGGCAGAGAGAGAGGGAGACACAGAAUCUUUAUGAAGCAGGGUCCAGGCUCUGAGCUGUCAGCACAGAGCCUGAUACGGGGCUCAUACUCACGAACCAUGAGAUCAUGACCUGAGUUGAAGUCUGAUGCUUAACCAACUGAGCCACCCAGGUGUCCCUCAUCUUCAUUUUAUAAUGCCUGUGAUAUUUACUGAUAACAUGUAUAUAGGUUUGCAGAUUAAACUUGGAAGAGGCUUAUGAUUGACCCUUCCCAAUGUGUGCUCUACUCCAUACGCAUUGCCCCAGUGCCUAUGGUAGGAACCCAGGAUAGUUAUGGGCUGACUACUAAAACUAGCAUCUCAGGCAUGUUUCUUUGGAAUGAAAAGUAGCAUAUUGUUCUCUAUAUUAGUUUUCUUCUUUAAAAAAAAAUUACUAUUUUACUUGGACUUAAACAGUUUAUGUAAAAGAAUGAAUAUUUUCCCCUUUACUGAAUUCCACCAAUGUUGGCAUUUUUUUUUUUUUGCCACAUUUGCUUUAUCUCCUAUUUGCCUUUCUUUUUUUCUUUCUUCAUUGAACUGUUUGAAAAUAGGUUGCAGGCAUAAUACUACCUCUAUAUACUUCAAUAUAUAUCUUCUUAGAACAAGGACAUUCUUCUGCAUUAUCACAGUACUGUUUUCACACCUCAAAAUUGAGCAUCAAUUCAUACCUCAAAUAUAUAGCCCAUUUUCAAAUUUUUCCAAUUGUUCUAUAAUACCUUUUUUUAACUUUUUUGUCCUAAUCUGGAAUCCAUUUGAGGAUCAAGCAUUGCAUUUUGUAUUCAUGUUUCUUAAAGCUCCUUUAACAGAGAAGAGUUCCUCUUUCUUUUUUUGGCAAAUUUCAUGAUAUUGACAUAGUCUAGAAUGUUCCCUAAUAUGAAAGUGUGAGAUUCUUUCUCCAUUAUUACACUCAGAAUAAUCACUUUGGCAGGAACACUCCUUUAGUACCAUGAUAUUCUCCCUUUGCAUCAUGUCAGGAGGCCCCUAAUGCUGGUUGUACCAUUCAGUAUUCGGUGCUCAUCAUGAAAAGUGUGCUCUUAAUCCCAUUACCUAUUUCACCCUCCCCCCACCCACAUCCCCUCUGGUAACUUUCAGUUUGUUCUCUAUAGUUAGGAGUUUGUGGGGUUUUUUGUCUUCUUUUUUUUUCCUUUGUUUUGUUCCUUAAAUUCCACAUGAGUGAAAUCAUAUGGUACUUGUCUUUUUCUAAUUUAUUUCACUUGGCAUUAUACUCUAGAUCCAUCCAUGUUGUUGGAAAUGGCAAGAUUUCAUUCUUUUAUGGCUGAAUAAUAUUCCAUUGCAUAAAUAUGCCACAUCUUCUUUAUCCAUUCAUCUAUCGAUGGACACUUGAGCUGCUUGCAUAAUUUGACCAUUGUAAAUAAUGCUACAUAUAUCCUUUCAAAGUAGUGUUUUCGUAUUCUUUGGGUAAAUACCCACUAGUGCACUCACUAGAUCAUAGGGUAGUUCUAUUUUUAAUUUUUUGAAGAACCCCCCCCCCAUAUUGUUUUCUACAGGGGCUGCACCAGUUUAUAUUCCUAACAGCAGUGCAUGAGGGUUCCUUUUCUCAACAUCCUCACCAUUCAUUUGUUGUUUUUUGCAUUGUUGAUUUUAGCCAUUCUGACAGGUGUGAGGUGAAUACCUCAUUGUAGUUUUGAUUUGCAUUGCCCUAAUGAGUGAUGUUGAGCAUCUUUUCAUGUAUCUGUUGGCAAUCUGUAUGUCUUCUUUGGAGAAAUGUCUGUUCAUGUCUUCUGCCCAUUUUUAAUUGGAUUAUUUGUUACUUGGUUGCUGAGUCAUAUAAAGAAUUUAUAUAUUUUGGAUACUAAACCUUUACCAGAUAGGUCAUUUGCAAAUGUCUUCUCCCAUUCAGUAAGUUGUCUUCUGGUUUCAUUGAUUGCUUCCUCUGCUGUGCAGAAGCUUUUUGUUUUGAAAUAGCUCCAAUAAUUUAUUUUUGUUUUUGUUUCCCUUCACUCAGGAGACAUAUCUAGAAAGAUGUUGCUAUAGCCAAUGUCAGAGAAAUUGCUGCCUGUGUUCUUUUCUAGGAUUUUUAUGGUUUCAGGUCUCACAUUUAGAUCCUUAAUCCAUUUUCAGUUUAUUUUUGUGUGUGGAUAAGAAAGUGGUCCAGUUUCAUACUUUUCUUGUAGUUGGCCAGUUUUCCCAGCACCUUUUUUUUGAAGAGACUCUCUUUUUCCCAUUACAUAUUCCUGCAAGAUUAAUUGAUCAUAUAAUCAUGGGUUUAUUUCUGGGCUUUCUGUUCCAUUUCAUUGAUCUGUAUGUCUCUUUUUGUGCCAGUACAAUACUGUUUUGAUUACAACAGCUUUGUAAUAUAAUUUGAAAUCUGGAAUUGUGAUACUUCCAGCUUUGCCUUUCUUUUUUCCAGAUUACUUUGGCUAUUCGGGGACUUUUGUGGUUCAUUACAAAUUUUAGAACUGUUCUAGUUCUGUGAAAAAUGCUGUUACUAUUUUGAUAGGGAUUGCAUUAAAUCUGUAGAUUGCUUUGGGUAGUAUGAACAUUUUAACAAUAUUGUUCUUCCAGUCCUUGAGCAUGGAAUAUCUUCCCAUUUGUUUCAUCUUUAAUUUCUUUCAUCUGUGGUUUAUAGUUUUCAGAGUAUAGGUCUUUCACCUCCUUGGUGAAGUUUAUUCCUAUGUAUUUUAUUUUCUUUGGUGUGAUUAUAAAUGGGAUUAAUUUAUCUUUCUGCUGCUUCAUUAUUAGUGUACAUAAAUGCAAUGGAUUUCUGUAUGUUCAUUUUGUGUCCUGCAACCUUUAUCAGUUCUAGUAGUUUUUUGUUGGAGUCAUUGGGGGUUUCCUAUAUAUAGUAUCAUGUCUCGGUAAAUAGUGAAAGUUUUACUUCUUACUUACCAGUUUGGAUGCCUUUUAUUCCUUUUCUUGUCUGAUUGCUGUGGCUAGGACUUCCAAUACUAUAUUGAAUAAAAUUGAUAAGAGUUGACAUUCUUGUCUUGCUCUUAACCCUAGGGAAAAGCUGUCAGUUUUCAACAUUGAAUAUAUUAGCUAUGAGUUUUUCGUAUAUGGCCUUUAAUAUGUUGAAGUAUAUUCCCUCUAAAACGUACUUUGUUGAACAUUUUUAUCAAGAACGAAUGUUGUACUUUGUCAAAUGCUUUUUCUGCAUCUCUUGAAAUGAUCAUACAGUUUUUGUUCCUUGUUGAUGGGACAUAUCACAUUGAUUGAUUUGCAAAUACUGAGCCAUCCUUGCAUCCCAGGAGUAAGCCCCAGUUGAUUGUGGUAAAUGGUUUUUUUAAUGUAUUGUUGAUUCCGUUUGCUAAUAUUUUGUUGAGAAUAUUUAUAUCUAUGGUUAUCAGAGAUAUUGGCCUGUAGUUCUCUUUUUUUUGUAGUGUCUUUAUCUGGCUUUGGUAUGGGGGUAAUAUUGGCCUCAGAAUUAAUUUAGAAGUUUUCCUUCCUCUUCUAUUUCUUGAAAUAAUUUGAGAAGAAUAAGUAUGGACUAUUCUUUAAAUGUUUGGUAGAAUUCGGGGCACCUGGAUGGCUCAGUCGGUUAAGCAUCUGACUUCAGCUCAGAUCAUGAUCUCACAGUCUGUGAGUUUGAGCCCUGCAUCAGGCUCUGUGCUGACAGCUCAGAGCCUGGAGCCUGCUUCGGAUUCUGUGUCUCCCUCUCUCUCUGCCCCUCCCCUGUUCAUGCUCUGUCUCUCUCUAUCUUAAAAAUAAAUGAAAACAUUAAAAAAAAAUUUUUUAAUAAAAAAAGUAAAAAAUAAAAAUGUUUGGUAGAAUUCACCUGUGAAGUCAUCUGGUCCUGGGUUUUUGUUUGUUGGGAGUUUUUUUUAUUACUGAUUCAAUUUUCCUGCUGAUAAUCAGUCUGUUCAAAUUUUCUAUUUCUUCCUGCUUCAGUUUUGGUAGGUAAUAUACUUCUGGGAAAUUAUCCAUUUCUUCUAGGUUGUCUAAAUUAUUGGCAUAUAAUUUUUCAUAAUAUUCUUACAAUCCUUUGUAUUUCUGUGAUGCCAGUUGUUAUUUCUACUCCUUCAUUUCUGUUUUUGAGUCCCCUCUCUUUUUUGUGUGUUUUCUUUUUAUUUUUGUUUUUUGGUGAGUCUGGCUAAACAUUUAUCAAUUUUGUUGAUCUCUUCAAAGCCAGCUCCUGGUUUUAUUGAUCUGUUCCAUUGUUUUUUCAGUUUUCUAUUUCAUUUAUCUCUAAUCUUUAUUAUUUCCUUCGUUCUACUGGUUUGGGGUUUUGUUUAUUCUUUUUGUAGCUCAUGUAGGUGUAAGAUUAGGUUGUUUUAUUUGAUAUUUUUCUUGCUUCUUGAGGUAGAACUAUAUUGCUAUAAACUUCCCUCUUAGAACAUUUUUUGCUUCAUCCCAAAGAUUUUGGACCAUUGUGUUUUCAUUGAUAUUUGUCUCCAUGUUCUGUUUUGUUUUUCUAAGUACAUUUCAUGCCCAGCAUGGAGUCCAGCACCAGGCUUGAACUCAUGACCCUUAGAUCAAGACUUGAGCUAAGAUCAAGAGUCAGACACCUAACCAAUUGAGCCACCCAGGCACCCGUGUCUCCAUGUAUUUUCUGAUUUCCUCUUUGAUUUCUUUUUUGGCCCAUUCAUUUUUUAGUAACGUGUCAUUAAUCUCCAUUUAUUUGCGGUUUUUGCAGGUUUUUUCUUGUAAUUGAUUUCUAGUUUUUAUAGCAUUGUGGUCAGAAAGGAUACAUAGUAUGACUUCAGUCUUUUUGAAUUUGUUGAGACUAGUUUUGUGGCCUAAUAUGUGAUCUAUUCUGGAGAAUGUUCCAAAUGCACUUGAAAAGAAUGUGUAUUCUGCUGUUCUAGGAUGGAAUGUUCUGAAUAUAUCUGUUAAAUUCAUCUGGUCCAGGGUGUCAUUCAAAGCCACUAUUUUUUUGUUGAUUUUCUGUUUAGAUAAUGUGUCCCUUUUGAUGUAAGUGGGUGUUAAGUACCCUACUAUUCUUGCAUUACUAUUGAUUGCUUCCUUUAUGGUUGUUAUUAACUGCUUUAUACAUUUGGGUAUUCCCAUGUUGCUGCAUAAAUAUUUGCAAUUGUUAUAUUUUCUUGUUGUAUUGUCCCCAUUAUUAUCAUAUAGUGUUCUUGUCUCUUGUUACAG